AUGGCCGCUGUCGAUGCGUCCUGCUGCGCCGACUGCACGGAUCUGAACACGGCCCUCGGGAUUGUCGGGACGAAUCUUACCAGCGUCGUGUCGCAGAUUAGCCCACAGUUUGUAGACCUGAUCGACCCGAAGCUCAAGGUGUGCGAUUUAUUCACGGGCCAGGCGCAGUGCGCGCAGCUCAUAGAGGAUCUCCUGUGCGGAAUAACAUGCAACCCUAACUCGGGCUCCUACGUCGACGUUGUUCCCAACAACUCCACCACCAUGACUGUCUGCACCGGCUACGCCGACACCCUUUUCAAAGCCUGCAGCGGCCUUUCCUUGGGCGACGGUAUGGAUCUGACGGGACUCAUCACCUCUUACCCGGACUUCAUGAACAUCAUCGUGGCUAACGUUGUCAAGUCCCUUGGGAUUGCCAACUUCAAGUUCGAAUUCACUACAACUCGCUGUUUCACCAGCAGCGGAGUCUACCCCGCCAACAUUGCCUGUUGCGACCCGCUCAGCGUCCCUGCCACCUGCCCGGCCGGUUCGGUCAACAUCACCGAAUACGCCGAUCUGAUUGGCCGAACCAUCGACCCAGCCAACUGCGCAGCCUCCACUCCUUCCGCUCCUCCCUCCGCUUCUGCCCCUGGCUCGCCGUCCGCUGCUUGCUAUGCAUCGGUGGUUAGAUACCUUAUUUAUGGGGCUGUGGCUUUGCUUGUGCUGUAG